AUCUUUUCAGAUUCCAAUCGAAAUCGAGAAGCCAUGGAUAACAGCAGCAGCAUCAAUUCCACCGCUUCCACCGCCUCAAAUCUAAGCACGGCUUCCCUCGAAAAGCUAGAUCAAGCGGCGAGCUGGGUCAGCACCACCGUCAUCUCCGCCUUCUUCGCCUCCCUUGAGCGUUGCUCAUGCGUUAAUCUAUCUACCUCUGAUGAUGAUGAUGACGGAGAAGAGUCUCACAACCGUCCUCUUGCUCUCUCCGCCGCUACUCACCCAGACGACAUCGUUUAGUUUCCUUUUGACUCAUCCUCCUCCGGUAAUUUUUUUUUUUUUGGGUUUCUUUUAUUAAUCGGUGAUGUGGGUCUUUUAGGAAUGUAUCUCCGAUGUAUGAUGCUAUGAAAAAGAUCAGACCUUUUGAAUUGUAUAUGCAAGAUUUGGUGUUUCAUUUGACAUCUUCUUUAAAUGUUUAUGUGUAAACGUUUAUGACUAUUACCUUGCGUUUGAACGGUUAUGGUUGUGAUUUGUGAAGUUUAUUUAUAUAUGCUUGAUUUUGGCUUUCGAUUUUUCGAGCGAUUUUGUAGAUUCUCUUGUUUAUACUUGCUCAUCUUCUGUUAAGAACCAGUAGGGGACAUAGUUAGUCGGGCGAAAGAUUCAACUGCGUUGAUGAUCCGAUUGUGAGAAUAUCUUGUGUGUGAUUAAUCUUUUGAGAACUUUGCUUGUGUAUCUUUCAUAAUCAUUGGUCUUUUGUUGGUGAUGUUUUACACAUAAUCUGGCUUCAUUCUUUCUUGUUUUUGGUUCGAGGUGAUCUUUAAGUUUGUAGGGAUUUAGUAGUAUGUAGAAUGUAGGCCUGGGCACUCAGUUCGAACCGAAAUAAACCGAAUUUGAGGUU